UCAGACAGACGGACUUGGCUCCAAUUUGCGUUCGCUCAAAUCGAAGCCUGCGUCCGGAGUGAUUGGCCUGAGGAGUCUGUUGUUGAUGUGAGUCCACGACAGCCAGUCAUGCCUGUUAUGCUAUGCCACUUUGGCUGGCGAUUUGCCGAAACGAAAGCUCCGUUCCUCUAUCUUCCAUGAUUCCGAUUCUGGAAGACUUUCUAGAGUUCUACCUCGCCUAUGGCCUUUCGCCUUGGACCAGUAAUAACGCCAAACGAAACUAGUUUCCUCUCGGGUUAGGCUCCCAGCUGGUCACGUUUCUCCCUUUGUCCGUGGGCACUAUCCUCGAGCUCGACACCGGAGCUGCUGCCAACUCGGUCAAAACUCGAAGAAUCGUUUUCUGCAAGCAAGGAAGAAGCUCUCGCUUGAGAUCAUGACCUGAUCCGGAGCUGUCAUGACAACGCCUGGAUGGCCGUGACGUCGGAUGGAGAUCCGGAGCUGUUUUGGCAAAGCUUGGAUGAUCGAAUCUGUGGUGGCGGAUUGAUUCUCACCUCCUGGGAAUGAUUGUUGGAAUCCCGAAGAUGGACCAACCUUCUCGCCUGGGCUCCAAGCUCACAGUUGCAACAGCUCAGGUUUCGAUUUCACGAUUACACGUGAUUUCGGCAUAUCUAGAAUUGCAAUGUGUACGAGGAGAUAUGUCAAAUUCAUGGCUGCAGCUCAUAAUUACUCUAGGAGACUCGAAGGUAGCCGCAGGUCUGAGUGUUCUCUAGCCCUUGACAUUCAAAGUAGUGUGUUGAUGCCCAAUCCAUAGUUGCGUGGAAAAUUAGGACCUUGGUUUUCUCCAGAUUGACAGAAAGAGAAUCAGGGGUAUUGAGUUAUCUCACCAAUUCAUAUCUAUUUGUGCUCAGAAAUCCUUUAAAAUUAUCACCUGUCGAGGACUCUGUGCCCCUGCUUGUCUAUCUGUCAAGCUGGAGAAAACCCAGGUCCUUGUUUUCUAUGUAACUAUCGCUUGGGCACCAAAACACAACUUUGAAGCCAAAAGGAAUGCGUUCAUUCAUACCUGUGCUGGCCCGAAGUCAUCUAGAGAUCCCAUACUGCAGUAUCAAUACCAUGUACUGACUUACAGACUAUAAAUCUAGUACCAAUAAACUACUAGGUUGAGAAGCUUUCGCGUAUUCACCUUCGAAUUCCAGCCGUCAUACCAUGCUUGGAAGUAGCGAGGUGAAGACAGGAUCUAGGUCGGGUUUUUUUAUUUUAUUUUAUUUUGUUGCAGCACAAUAUUUUGAUGCUGGUUCAAAUCUGUCCAGCAUCUUUGUUGUGGACAGUAGUGUCCCUCAACUCCCGGAUCGGAGAGGUCGUGACUAGCCGCCUCUUCGUUUUAACGAGUUCUUUCAUUGUUACAGAAUUUGGGAAUCCUCCAGCAUUGUUCUCAGACCUGGAGGAGAAUGAUCUGGAGAGGCUCGAAAGAUGUCAGCAACCCUUUUGUCCUUGGUGUUCUUUAUAAUAAAAUUUGAAGCAGUCCUCCUUG